AUGGGUGUCCCGCAGAAUCUCAAUCUGCCUUUGUCAAUGGAUGCUAAGUCGGCUGUAGAAUUAAUGGAGUCUUCUAAUGAGGUUCAUUUUUCUGGAUUUCACAUGGAUGGUUUUGAGCAAAGAAAGGCUAGCAUAGAACAACCGACAACCUCGGAAACUGACAUGUAUAAACAACCUUUUGUCAUAGGUGUUGCUGGGGGUGCAGCAUCUGGCAAGACAGCAGUUUGUGAUAUGAUUAUUCAACAGCUUCAUGAUCAACGAGUUGUACUUGUUAAUCAGGAUUCCUUUUACAAUAACUUUUCCGAGGAGGAUCUUACACGAGUUCAGGAUUACAACUUUGACCAUCCUGAUGCUUUUGAUACUGAGCAAUUGCUUCUGGUUAUGGACAAGUUGAAGCAUGGUGAAGCAGUAGAUAUUCCGAAGUAUGAUUUUAAGACAUACAAGAGUGAUGUGUUAAGAAGGGUGAACCCUUCAGAUGUUAUAAUUUUGGAAGGCAUCCUUGUUUUCCAUGAUCCACGCAUCCGGGAGUUGAUGAAUAUGAAGAUAUUUGUUGACACAGAUGCUGAUGUUCGAUUGGCAAGAAGGAUUAGGCGUGACACCAAUGAGAAGGGUCGGGAUAUUGGAGCAGUUCUUGAUCAGUAUUCAAAAUUUGUGAAACCAGCUUUUGAUGACUUUAUACUUCCAACAAAGAAGUAUGCUGAUAUAAUUAUACCCCGUGGAGGAGAUAAUCAUGUGGCCAUUGAUUUGAUUGUUCAACAUAUUCGCACUAAGCUAGGUCAGCAUGACCUGUGUAAAAUAUAUCCGAAUUUAUAUGUUAUUCAAUCAACUUUUCAGAUACGGGGUAUGCAUACCCUGAUACGUGAUGCUCAAACAACAAAGCAUGAUUUUGUAUUUUACUCUGAUCGUCUGAUUCGAUUGGUUGUAGAACAUGGUUUGGGGCAUCUGCCAUUUACAGAAAAGCAAGUAGUCACUCCCACUGGUUCUGUAUACACUGGUGUUGAUUUUUGCAAAAGGUUGUGUGGUGUCUCUGUUAUCAGAAGUGGGGAGAGCAUGGAGAAUGCUUUGAGAGCAUGCUGCAAAGGUAUCAAGAUUGGGAAAAUUCUAAUUCACAGAGAAGGUGACAAUGGUCAACAGCUAAUAUAUGAAAAGUUGCCAAAUGAUAUCUCAGACAGGCAUGUGUUACUGUUGGACCCUAUACUUGGCACAGGCAAUUCGGCUGUUGAAGCAAUUUCUUUACUCAUAAGAAAAGGUGUACCUGAAUCCAACAUUAUAUUUCUUAAUCUCAUAUCUGCACCUAAAGGUGUGCAUGUUGUAUGCAAAAGUUUUCCAAGAAUAAAGAUAGUAACAUCUGAGAUUGAGAUCGGUUUGAAUGAAGAUUUCCGUGUCAUACCAGGCAUGGGAGAGUUCGGAGAUAGGUACUUUGGAACAGAUGAUGAUGAUGUGCAAAUGGUGGUUUCUUCACAGUAG